AUGUUCUACAAACAUAAUUCUUUUUCAGGGAGAGUUUCCCAAGCUGACGCUGCUGCUGCUUAUCAACCCCAGGUAUAUCCUAUUUCAAAAUACUUUUUGCUAUAUUUUGGUAUUAAACCAAGUAGUUAUAUUUAUAAAAUUCCCUUUCUUCUCUUUGUCAUCAGCAACAUGAGCUUAUAUUUUUACCUAUAAAAUUAAGGUUAAACUAGCUUUAAUAAGCUUAUGUAUAGUUCGAUGGCAUCAUGGACUUAAGCUUUUAUGCCUUCAAUAUCUUACCAAAUGCUUAGCAUGUAAUCUUAUUGAUUCUGUCAAUUGUUACUGACAAUUUUACAGGUCUGAUCUGUUUGAUCGCAGAGAUUGCCAACGGAUAAAUGUAACCUCCCCCUCCCCAGUUUUCAUCCCUACCCACCCUCCAACAUACAUACAAACACGAUGAACAUGUUAUUUCACUCCAUUAUAUGUACUCAGAUGAACCCAAACACGUAACGUGCCGCAGCUGUAAAAGAUAAUUCCCAGCUAGAAUAGCCAGUCUUUACCCACAGAAAAAAAAUAGUUCCUGCACGUAAAACAAAAAGAACUCUCAUUAGCAAAACUAAAGUAACAAAAGUUCAGUUACACACAAAGUAUGCCCACACUUUGUUAUCAGAGCAAAUAUCAUGUUAAUGUUUGUGUUAUUUUUAUUAAUGCCAGGGACUGGGCACUUACAAAGAAGUAUCAGUAAAGGGACCAGUUAUUGAACCCCCAAAUUUUAACAUGUCUUCUGCGUCUUCUGGAGCAAACGAAGUUACAAAGUGGCAAGAGAUUUAUAAGGUCAGGAUUUACACACUUUCUGCGGUUAAGGCUGCAUUCCUUUUGACCAAUCUAAAUCCAGAUUUUGCAAUCUGAAAUUUGAUUUUUCAUUCCAUAAAGGAUCAAACCAGUCUUAGACUGCAAUCUGAGCAAUCCACCUCCUAACUUGGAUCAUUCAGAGUAGUAUCUCAAUGUGGUUUCAGAUUUUUGUUGCACUACUUUUUGAUCGCAAGAACUUGCUCAUUCAUCAAUAAACAUAGUAGGUCAUGGUCAGUUCGGGCAAACUUUGUUCCUCCAUCGUUCUAUGCUGCAAAAGGAUUGUAGUUAGCAAACGCAAGUUGCACUGUUACUCUAAAACUUUAGAGAAGCAAUUUUCUCACAAUUAAAUGUCCAGUGUGUGUGUUUAAUCAACAUUUGAAGUUUCAUAACCGUCUUCUAAAUGUGUUUGGUUCAAAUUCCAGAGUCCCAUUCUGAAUCCCUUUCAGUUCUUCCCAAGAAUAUGUUUAAUUUCACGGAAAGAAAUAAAAAAAGAAGCGUUGAAAUUGUGAAAGAGAUCAAUGCAGCGGCAGCUACUUUAUGGAUCAAUCUUAUUUCAGAUGUUUGUUCCAGCUACCAUGAAAAUCCAAACAAUCUGGAUCCUCUAAAUCCAAGAAAAGUUUAGACUAAAGGAAUGCAACCUUAAAGGCAGAUUGACUCCUUCCCCAGAAAUGUUGCAGUCAUUUUUUGAAAAUCUGGGGUCAUUUUGCACUAGUGUAAAUUAAUAGUUACCACAAAGAGAAUCACUGACCAGCAAAGUUUAUACAGUUCUCCUUACAGACACCUCUAUAUUACGGACAUUUCGUUUGGUCCCAGAAAUGCCAAAAAUCAUACAUUCCCUAACUCUAUAAUACGGACACCUCUGUAAAGCGGACACUUGGUUCUGUCCUUUUGGUGUCCAUAUUAAAGAGGUUUUACUGUGUUCAAAUACAGUUAAACUCCUAUUAUUCAGCCACCCUCAGGGGAAUGGCAAGUGGCCACUUCAUAGGGGUUGCUCGCUUAUUAAGGGUUCGUCAGGGAUUAGUUUGAAACUUACUUGAAACAUCAAUUUAUUCAAAUGCAAGCAUGCUCGAAGACUUUUAACAUUGGUUGCACAGAACAAAACAUUUUAAAAUCACACAAAACCAAUUUUAAGAGAAUCCUGUGACAAGGUUUCGACAUGAACCAGGUAGAGUAACACACUGCAUUUAUAUUUUGAGUAUUUUAUUGCUUAAUAAACAUUCACUUGUCACUUUCUGUUUCAGAUUCUUAUUGCCUUACCAAAACCUAAGCCAAAAAACACAUAUUUAAUUUUGGGUGGCUGCGGUCGCUUAAUAGGGGUGCGACUGUAUGAGCAGAAUUGAAACCACUGUGUAAGGGAAAAUCAAAUACUUUAUUCACGAGUUUGCUUAUGUCCAGAAAUGCACAGUAUGGUAAAUCUCACAAAAAAAUCGCCAGAGGGUUGGCGAGAAUUUAAAGGAUUCUUCAAGAGCUGCUCCUACUGCUAAAUCCUGCUAAAUCUCAAAUUAACACCAAAUCGGCCACUUCUAUUAAAGCGUACAUUUCUGGGCAUAUCUCUAUGAGUUGUUUUCUUUUUAUAGAAAACCAAGGCCCCUGUUUAUCUGUUGAGAGGUGGAAGAGAUCAAGUGAUGUUUCGAGGCCUUUUAGUUGCUAUUGGUGGUGGAAUGUGUUACACCUUCUACAACAUGUAUUUGAUGUUCACAAACCAACUGAAAAAGAAGGAGCGAUAA